AUGUCAUUAUCAACGGCCGCGACCCUCUCCGGCUGGAGAUGGCGCCAGUACGGAAAAGACGAAGAAUGGCAAAAAUGUGCUCACAACAACCCCACAACAGAGAUCUUCACUGACCUUCUGGACGCGAAGAGGAUCUCGGAUCCUUUCCUCGACCAGAAUGAACGCCUGGUCCAGUGGGUGGGAGAGACCGACUGGGAGUAUGCCUGCGACUUCCAGUACAAGCUCGAUGAGCACCACUCCCGGCAGGAUCUUGUUUUUGAGGGUCUCGAUACCGUCGCGUCCGUCCAUCUGAACGACGAGCACGAGAUUCUCCAGUCGACCAACAUGUUCCACCGGCACCGUGUGGACGUGACGGGCCAGCUGCGCGAGGGUACCAAUACCCUCCGCAUCGUCUUCCGCAAUGUUCUGCAGUAUGGCCGAGCCCUCGAGGCAAAGCACGGUCGCUAUCGUGCCUUCAACGGCGACAGCUCCCGACUGCACGUCCGCAAAGCUCAGUAUCAUUAUGGCUGGGACUGGGGCCCCCUGCUGCUCACCUGCGGCCCGUAUCGCGAAAUCAGGCUGGAGAGCUACGCCUCCAUCACCAGUGAUGUCUUUGUCACCGCCAAGGUUUCGGAAGAUCUCAGCAAGGCGACCUUGGAGGUCUCACUGGAAGCAAUUCUGGACCAGGACGUCUGCGUUAAUAUCAAGGUCACCUCUCCCAGUGAGAAGGUUUUUCACGCACACACGGCGCUUGCUGCGACGGAAGCCCGCGGCUUGAUAUCGCUGGAUAUUCCGAAGCCUGAGCUCUGGUACCCCGUUGGCCAUGGGCCACAGGUAUUCUAUCUCGUGGAUGUCGACAUCUACGGUCGUCAGAAUGCCUCUCUGCAUUCUAUCAAGAAGCAGGUGGGCGUGCGACGCCUCCGCCUGGUGCAACAGCCCUUGGUCAACGAGCCUGGCACCAGCUUUUUCUUUGAAGUCAACAACCAGCCGAUCUACAUCUCUGGGAGCAACUGGAUCCCAGAUCACUCCUUCCUAACCGCCCUGACGCCCAAGGACUAUGCAUCCGCCGUCGAGACCUGUCUGGAGGGAAACCAAAACAUGCUUCGUAUCUGGGGCGGAGGCGUCUACGAACAUGACGCGUUGUACGAGGAGUGUGACCGGCGCGGCGUGCUAGUCUGGCAGGAUUUUAUGUUCGCGUGCGGCCAGUAUCCUUGCUACCCGGAAUUUGCAGCAAGCGUGCAGCGGGAAGCCGUGGACCAGGUGAAGCGGUUAAGACAGUAUUGUUCCAUCGUUCUGUACGCCGGCAACAACGAGGACUACGCUGUCGCCGAGAUGCUCAAGCUGGACUGGAACCCAGAUGACCACUCCGGCGACUGGACAAACACCAAUUUCCCGGCCCGGACCCUCUAUGAAACGCAUCUGCCCGCCAUUGUCGCCGACCACGCACCCGGGAUUCCCUACCACCCGAGCUCCCCCUGGGGGGGCAAGAGCACCGAGGAUCGCACAGUGGGCGACAUCCAUCAGUGGAACGUGUGGCACGGCUCUCAGGCAAAGUAUCAGUGUUGGGAUAAGCUCGUCGGACGUUUUGUCUCUGAGUUUGGCAUGCUCGGUUUCCCCGCGGCCAAGUCCGUCUGUCGCUUUGUCACCGAUCCCAAGCAGAGGUAUCCCCAGAGUGCGGUCCUGGAUCUUCAUAACAAAGCCGACGGGGCUGAACGCCGGUUGGCGCUCUAUGUCAUGGAAAAUCUAAGGGUGGCCUCCAUGGACCUGGAUAGCUGGAUCUACGCCACGCAACUAGUCCAGGCUGAAUGUCUUGGUUUUGCUGUUCGCAGCUGCCGACGUCAGUGGAAGGGUCCUGGUCGUGAAUACUGCGGUGGACACUUGGUCUGGCAGAUUAAUGACUGCUGGCCCGUCUCCAGCUGGGCACUGGUCGACUUCUACGGUGAACGGAAACUCGCCUACUACGCGAUGAAGCGCGACAGCGCAGCACUGUCUCUCGGGAUCAGCCGCUCGACUCCCGAACUGAAGAAACUCAAGUCGCCACCCUCGGUAGAAUUGGGACCCCCUCACGACCUUGCACCCAAGAAAUACAUCUUCGAUGUCUGGGCUGUAAACUUGACCAUGCAAGACGUUCACGUCGCCAUUGAGGUGCGGCUAUACGACAUCGCAACCGGAUCCCUGCGUGAAAAGGAAUCUCUUGGAUCUCAGACUCUCGCAUCUAAUCGCACGACCGAGCUGCUCGAAGAUCUGAGCGUGGAUCAGACGACGGUAAUCCAUGCAUUAAUGCUGGAUGACAAGGAUGGCCGUGUCAUUGCUCGUGCGUCAGACUGGCCGCAGCCGCUGAAGCAUGUCAAUCUGCCGACUUCGCCUAAUGUGACUGUUUCCGUGCUUGAUGGUAAGGUCGAGAUCCGGGCGGAUGCGCCAGUCAAGGGCGUUGAAGUCUAUAUGGCUAGUGAUAAGCGCAAUGUCUCGUGGGAUGAUAAUGGCGUGGAUGUGUUUCCGGAUGAUGUGUAUACCAUUCAUGCGAAGGGGCUCGUCAAGGGUGAUGAUGUGCGUAUUAGAUAUUAUGGUGCCGCGUUCUGA